AUGCCCUCACUCGAUGGAGCCCCCGCCGACAUCUCCUCCGCGAAGCUGAUCUUCGACGACCGGUUGUAUGAGCAGGAAGUUCUCGGCUUGAAAGAAGGACAGACGGAGGAGAAGCUACAGGAUGAGAUCGCAGCGGAAGCCAGACAGCUCGGCAUAGAGCCAUACCUACUUCAUGGCGUCGCACACACCUCCAAACCGGCAUCUACCGUCACCAUCUCCAGCGAGCACCGAAGCUCCGUCUCUCUCGAGUCGCGCGGCUCCCACUCUACUGAAUUCACCUCCGAUCCCUCCCGCAGCUCCAAGGACCAGGCCGAUCGUCCGCCGUCUUUCACCAACAGCCAGCGCCAGCGGCCAUGGGCUCCCGACGCCAAGGAAGAAGACGCCAGGACGUCCAGCCGGCCGACAGUCCGCUACUCUUACUCCUACUCCGAACCCCAAACUGCCUCUGAGUCCACCUUCUCGCUCUCCUCAGCGCUAUCAGGCCGUUCCUUAAGCACGAAGCGCAAGCGCGGCACAAGCAUCCUCUCCAUGUUCCGCAAGCAGCCCUGUGACUGCAACUACUGCCCCCAGCUCUCCCACCACCCCCGCCAGACCUACAAGCUCGAAUGCGGGCACUCCCUCUGCAGAAUCUCCAUCCGCCAGCGCGCCCACGACGCAACCGAGGAUCCGACGAAAUGGCCCCCAACGUGCUGCGACAAGCCGAUCCCGGACUCGAUCCUCGGCUCCGCGCUCAAGGGCGAGGAUCUCGCCAGCGCGCUGCGGCGCAUGGCGCUCGCGGAUGGCCUCACUAACGGCACGAACAGCGCCAGCGGUACGGCGUCCGCGCGGAACGUGUCUGCGUCGCCUAGUAGUCGAAACACGCGGUCGCGACCCGUGACGGCGUCGUCGGCGGAAGAGGCGCCGCUGUCGCAUCGGCAGGAGGAGGAGAGCGAGGACUUGGCAAGGGCGACGGCGGAGCCGACGUUUCGGGCGCUACGGGCGCAGCAGGAGCAGGAGUAUGAGCGGCUCGUCGCGUUUGAGCAGAAGCAGCGGAAGGCGCUGGCGGGGUAUCAGGCGUGGUCGAGGCGGGAGUUGGCUGGACGACACGAUGAGCGGGAAGAGGAGCUGAGUAAAAAGCACACCGAAGCGCUCGAACGCCUCGAGGAAAAGCAGGUCGCCGCAGAGCUCGACCUACGCGCCGCGCACAGAGAGGAGCAACAAAACGCCGACACGGCGCUCAAGUACAUGGAAGCCUACGUGAACGGCUCCUCCGCCGCGGAGAAGCGGCACAUCGUCACCGCGGAAGACAAGGCGCGCCUCGCGUCCCAGCGCGCCUUGAAGCUGAAACUCGACGCACGGCACGAGAGCGCCAUCAGCGUGCUGCGCGCGAAACAGGAGCGCGAUUCGAAGGCGAAGUUGCAGAAGAUGCAGGCGGAGAGGGAGCAGCUAGAGGCGGAGGCGGAAAAAGAGGAGAAGGCGCUCAAGGAAGAGCAGUGUGAGGAGAGCCACCGGCUCGCGAUGCUGGCGCGCUCGAGGAGGAGGAGAGUGGCUGCAAGAUGGGACCUCAGGAUGGAGGUGUGGAAGGCGGAGCUGGAGAGGGAGAAGGGCGGGGCGUUUCAUAGGCCCUUGCCGGGUGUGCCGUGGCCGCUGCCGGUGGGCGAGACGAUGGAUCAGUCUGCGCUGGGGGGACGGAGCGCGCUGGAUGAGUAUGAGCGCUUGGCUGGUGCUUGUGAGGAAUGGGGAGGCUCGAGCGGGGCGCAGUAG